CGCGCGUGCGUGGAAUGUCCCUCGCCGUCUGCCGUCCCGCCCGCCCGCCGCGAGUCGUUCUGGGAAGACGGUCGUGUGGUCGUGUGAGAGCAGGCAGCGCGUGGGGUCGUCAGUCAGCGGCGGGAUGUCGCGGCUCAUCGUCAAGAACCUGCCGAGUGGGAUGAAAGACGAACGCUUUAAAUCUCUAUUUGGUGCCUUUGGAACAUUAACAGACUGCACAUUAAAAUUUGCAAAAAAUGGAAAGUUUAGAAAGUUUGGAUUUGUUGGAUUCAAAACAGAAGAGGAAGCACAAACUGCUUUAAAACAUUUCAAUAAAAGCUACAUAGACACUUCCAGGAUUGCUGUAGAGUUUUGUAAAUCAUUUGGGGAUCCAGGAUUGCCCAAACCAUGGAGUAAACACUCUCAAAAAAAUUCAACUGGAGAAACAUCAAAAAUGGCAGAGGACCACGAAGGUCAAAACAAGCUAAAGGAUAAGAAAAAUAAACUUGCCAUUGAAGAGCUGGAAUCUCUGAAGAAAGAUAGCAACUUUGAAGAAUUUCUUGCUGUACAUCAGAAACGUUGCAAAGUACCAACCUGGACAAAUGACACUUUAUCUGGAAAGAAGGAAGAGGCAAGAAAGGUAGAUGAUUAUCUAAACUUCGAUUCAGAUGAUUCCGAAGAACUGAGUGAGGAAGAUGAUAUCAAGGGAACUAAAGGUGCACCAAAGAAAAGUCAGGAAGAUCUUGCAGUGAAGAAAACCGUAUCGGACAUGGAUUAUUUAAGAUCAAAAGUAGUUAAGACAGAAGAAGUGAAUUCUGAAAUUAAUGAAGAAUCUGAGACUGAUGAAGAAAUUAAGUUAUCCUCUGAAGGAAAUGCAUUAUUACACACAAUUGAUGACGAGAAGGAACAAGAUGGAAAAUUGGAGAAAUUAGGACAAGAAUAUAAGAAGAAAGGAGCACUGGAGAAACAAUACUAUAAGAAUGAACCUACAACACAGUAUACUUUGAAGCUCCGAGGUGCUCACUUUAAUGUGAAAGAGACACAAGUAAGAGAAUUCUUUGUUCCUUUGAAACCUGUAGCCAUUCGAAUCGUCAAAAAUGCAAAUGGCAAUGCUACAGGAUAUGUAUUUAUAGAUUUCCAAUCCGAAGAUGAUCUUGAAAAGGCUUUGAAGCGAGAUAGAGAGUACAUGGGUAGAAGAUAUGUUGAACUUUUUAGAAUGGAUAAUACACAAAAAACUAAACCAGUUACAACAGAUAAUCAAAAAUGGCUAAAAAGGGAAAAGAAAGCAGGUGAAGUGGAAGAGGAUGUCUCUGAAUCAGGAAGAUUGUUUGUUCGAAAUUUACCAUAUACUUGUGCAGAGGACGAUUUAGAAAAAGUUUUUUCUAAAUAUGGUCCAUUGUCAGAGAUUCAUUUUCCUAUAGACAAUCUAACGAAGACACCAAAAGGAUUUGCCUUCAUUACAUUUAUGAUACCCGAACAUGCAGUGCGGGCCCUUGCUGAAUUAGAUGGUGAUAUAUUUCAGGGCAGGAUGAUGCAUAUUUUGCCAUCGAUGGUAAAAGAGGAGAAAGAUGAAAGUGAUAAUAACUUGGGUUCCUCUGCAUUCAAGAAAAAUAAAGCAGCUCAAGAAAAGGCCAGAAGUAACAGCUCGCAUAACUGGAACACUUUAUUUGUUGGAAGUAAUGCUGUUGCUGAUGCAAUAGCAGCAAAGUACAAUGCCACCAAAAGCCAAGUGCUAGAUCAUGAAGGAAAAGGCAGUGUUGCAGUCCGUAUGGCGCUCGGUGAAACACAGAUUGUUCAAGAGACCAGGCAAUUCUUGGUUGAUAAUGGAGUUAGCUUGGAUUCAUUCAGUCAGGCUGCUGGACCAAGAAGUAAAACAGUUAUCCUUGUAAAGAAUAUUCCUGCAGACACCCAAGUGGGCGAGUUGGAGAAUCUAUUCAAGAAAUACGGAGACGUUGGGCGGGUUUUGCUUCCACCAGCUGGAGUGAGCGCUAUUGUGGAGUUCCUUGAGCCUACAGAGGCUAAACAGGCUUUUACAAAACUUGCCUAUUCUAAGUUCCAGCAUGUUCCUCUUUAUCUGGAAUGGGCCCCGAUGGAUGUGUUCUCUACUCCAGUCGCCGAAAAGAGCAAAGUGAUAAAGAUGGUCAAGAUGUACUGGCAACAAAUGAAAAUGAAAAUGAUUCAUGUGAGGAAGAGGGAUGAAUGUAUUCCAGGAUGCACAUUAUUUGUCAAAAAUCUAAAUUUUUCAACAGCUGAAGAAUCUUUGAAGAAGGCAUUUAGCAAAUGUGGAUCAUUAAAAAGUUGCAGUAUUUCAAAAAAGAAGAGCAGGACAGGUACCCUUUUGUCAAUGGGAUAUGGCUUUGUGGAAUACACAAAACCAGAAUAUGCCAACAAAGCUCUAAAACUGCUGCAGCAUACCAUGUUGGAUGAUCACCAACUGGAAUUGAAGCUAUCGGACAGAGUUACAAAGUCUGUGAACCCAGCAAGAAAGCUCCAAAAAGCAAAGGAUCAGAAGGCCUCCAAAAUUCUGAUUCGAAAUAUUCCUUUCCAGGCCAAAGUAAAAGAAAUACGGGAACUUUUCAGUACUUUUGGAGAAAUAAAGAGUGUCCGAUUGCCUAAGAAAAUGGGAGGGACUGGCACACACAGGGGCUUUGGAUUUGUUGAGUUUCUCACUAAACAAGAAGCAAAGAAAGCCUUCAAUGCUCUUUGCCACAGUACUCACUUGUAUGGUCGACGUUUAGUACUGGAAUGGGCUGACUCUGAAGAUACAUUGGAGGAAUUACGCCGAAAAACAGCCGAGCAUUACUAUGAUUCACCAAAUAAGAAGAAACGGGUCGAAAUCCUGGAUGAAAUUAUGGAUGAUGUGGAAGGAAAAGAUUAAUCACUAUUUAUCCUUUUGAAAAGGUGUCCCAAGAAAUGGCUUAAUUUGUGCUGUGUAAGAUGCACAACCAUCAAAAAUGCAACGGGCGGUGUCAACAAAGAAAAGCACCAACGUUCAAGUUUUUUUUUAAAACACCUUGGGUCCCAUCAGCAAAUUGGAAGAAGUCAAAUGGCCAUCUUUUUUUUUAAAUCUGAAAUGUUCUUUGGCUGUAUUUUGAGAAACUCUUAACUGCAAACAGCACAGCCUGCACAAACUCUGAUGGAUAUCAGUGACUGUUUGCAGUCUGGUCAUAAAUCAUAAUGCAUGAAUGGCACACUCUACAACCUAUUGAGCAACGUUUGUGAAAAGUAGCGGCAGUGUAAUCGAUUUUUGAACUCCCAUCUCAAACACAUGAUGAAAAACCGUUGUGCCAACUGGUUAUGUAUUCAUGGAAUACUAAAUAAACUUUAUGAGGUAAUUUGAAGCCUGACACAUAGUGACUGGAAGAUGAAAACUAAUAGCAGAAGAAAUCUACCAUGCGCAUGAAUAUCGUGCAGUUGUAUUGAUCCUGCUAUUGGAGAGAGGGAAUAGCACAACAUCUGUACAUCAGUCAUAAGCCCAAGAAUGUGGAGAGUCAGUGGUUUAUUGUUGAUUUUCAAGAUUAAUGGCAAAGAAUUUCACUGAAUUUCUAUUUUUGUAUGUUUUUUUAGUAUUGGCUGUGGGGGAGGGAGGGGAUUAUUCCUAAUGAGCCGUUCUAUUGUUAUGAGUUUGCAUUUAAAAUAUUGUACUAUCUGACAUUUUCGGAACUAUUUUUUGUCUUAAAACUAAGCUCAGCUUUUGCGUAAACUCAGUAAAAGGAUGACAAUUUAUAUCAUGUGCGCCUUGAGUUUUGAAGUGUUGCGUUGGUCACAUCAAACCUUUAAAUACUGAGGCAGAGGUAGUUUCAAACCUGGCAUUCACCGAAGAAUAAAGAAUUCAACACA